AUGGAUGCAGUUAGCGAAUUACAACACCUAGAAGCAUUUUUGGUCGACGAACACGAACGUGAUCCAAAGAAAAUAGAGAACCUCUACGAGUGUGUGCAAUACGCCGCGGCAAUUGUUCCGCGAUUGUAUCUCUUAAUUACCAUUGGAGUAGUAUAUAUCAAAUGCGGCGAAGACACCCGUCGCAAUAUCCUUAGUGAUCUUGUUGAAAUGUGUCGCGGCGUGCAACACCCUUUGAGGGGUUUGUUUCUCAGGAAUUACUUGCUGCAAAGUACCCGAACUCUUCUUCCAGAUAAUCCUGAUCUUACCACUACAGAUGUCAAUGAUUUGCCUGAAUCCGAUAAAGAACCACGAGAAUGUGAUGGUACUGUAUCGAACGCGAUUCAUUUUGUGCCUAAG